CCAAGCAUGCUGGGAGACACAAAACUGAAAGAAAUGAGUUACUGUAUUCAGAUGUCUUGAAUUCUCUUUCCAUACAGUCUACUAGAUCCAGUUCUAUUCCUAUAAUCCCCUUAUUGCUUGAUGUAGGCAUUUGAUGUACUGAUCAACUCGUAUUUGAACUGAGCAGAAGACACAUUAAAGACUAAAGUCUCUGUUGGAAGAAAUGUCUCAAGGACAGCUCAAUUCACCUAACCAGACUUUCCAUUUGAUCACAAAUGAUACAGCACCAUCAGCAUCUAGUAUUUUCAAUGAUACUACGGAUGAUGGAAAGACUGAAGACAGAUCCAUAGGAUCCCGGAUCCUGUGUACCAUUUUUUUGACUUAUUCCGUGAUCAUUUCAGUGGGUCUCCUUGGAAAUGCUGUUCUCAUCAAAGUCUUUUUCAAGAUCAAGUCCAUGCAAACAGUUCCAAACAUUUUUAUCACCAGCUUGGCUUUUGGAGAUCUCUUGCUUCUUAUAACAUGUGUGCCAGUGGACGCGACCCAGUAUGUUGCGGAUACCUGGUUGUUCGGGAGACUCGGUUGCAAGCUUCUCUCUUUCAUCCAGCUCACUUCAGUCGGCGUGUCGGUGUUCACACUAACUAUCCUCAGCGCUGACAGAUACAAGGCAAUAGUGAAGCCCCUGGAACUGCCAGCCUCUGAUGCCUUCUUGAAGACCUGUGGCAAAGUUGCCUGUAUUUGGAUCCUCUCCAUGGUUCUUGCUAUCCCAGAGGCUGUAUUCUCCGAUUUAUAUCCUUUCUAUAAUCCUGAAAAAAAUGAGUCUUUUGAAGCCUGUGCCCCCUAUCCUGUUUCCGAAAAGAGCAGGCAAGAGGCUCAUUCUCUCCUCUGCUUCUUGGUCUUCUACAUUAUUCCCCUUUCGGUCAUUUCUGUCUACUAUGUUCUGAUUGCCAAAGCUCUCUACAAAAGCACCGUUGAAAUACCCGCCGAAGACCAAGAACAUGCCCGUAAGCAGAUUGAAUCCCGCAAGAGAGUUGCCAAGACAGUGCUGGUGCUGGUGGGGUUUUUUGCUGUCUGCUGGCUGCCUAAUCAUAUCCUUUAUCUCUAUCGGUCCUUUACUUACCGUUCCUCCAUUGAUUCUUCUACCCUUCAUCUUGUGGCCACCAUUUUCUCUCGGGCACUGGCUUUUAGCAAUUCCUGUGUAAACCCCUUUGCUCUUUACUGGCUGAGCAAAACUUUCCGGCAGCAUUUUAAAACACAAAUCUUUUGUUUCAAGUACAAGUGUCCUAGGCGUUCAACUGUCACCAGAAAUCUGGCCACAGGCCUUGCUUCAGCCACUGGGAGCACCCAGGUCUCUGAAAUUAGUGUGACCUUGCUCACUGGGUAUGGUGGGAAGAAGGAAGAUGAUAGUGCCUCAUCUGUUAUCAGUUAAAGAGGGCAGGCAUCAAGCCUUUUCCAAGUGUAUGUGUAGCUAGGAAUGGUGGGGAGGAGUAUAACUCUGAAUUACUCAUUUUGAAACAUAUUUGGGAUAUUUAAGAGAAGGUUCUUGUCCAGUCAAGCAUUCUUGCAUGUUUGUAUGUAUGUGUGUGUAUGUGUUGUAUUCUUGUGAGUGAAAACUUGAUAUUCUAAAACUUUCUAAAUUCUAGAGAGAAAACAUUUAGUACAUGGAGACAUGCAUCGUUAUAGAAAGGGGAGGAGUAAGGGAAUGAAAUCAAUAUAACACUGAAAAUUUAAAACUCGAUGUAUAGAAAGAUGCAUUUUCAGGAAUAUUGCUUUUCAAAGAAGUUUAUAUAAUUCACAUUUCUAUAGUGCUUCAAGCAUUAAAAAGCAUUUUCCUACUAACUGCCCCACGAGGCAGGUAGUGUCUGUAUCACAAAUGAAGAAAUGGUGGUUGAGUGAAGGGAAACAAUUUGUCUGCAGGCACAUGGCUAGUACCUGACAGAUCUGGAAUGCCAAGGCAGAUUUCUGGAUGCCUGAUGUCACUAUCUCACACUAACCACUUCCUCUAGAAUCAGAGAAUUGUAGAGCUAGAAGGGACCUUUGAGGUCAUCAAUAAACAUUUAAUAAGCAUCUACUAUGGGCCGAGGGCUGGGCUGGGCUCUGCAUAUUGUAAAUACAAAAGUUAGCUACUCCCUAGCCUCAAAGAGCUUACAUUUUUCUUAAGGAGGCAACAUAUACAUAGAUAAUUCAAUACAAAUACAUAUUUACAGAGUAAAUGUGAAUGAGUGUUCUUGGGGAGGACACCUACACCUGGAGGUGACAGACAUCUGAGCUGAGCCUCAAGCCAAGUUAGGGAGAGGUGAGGAAGGAGGGCAUCCCAAGAAUAGCUUGUAUAAAUAAAGGUCAGGAGGUGGAAGAUAAAGCUAUGGGCACAGAAACAUUUCCUUCAUCUAUGACACCUACCCUGACAAUAACAUGUACCCUUAAAAUGAACUAUCUUGCUUUUGAAAAAAAAAAAAGUGAGAGUGACUAACACUGUAACUUUUAGGACCCAAAUCCUUCAUGGACUGUGGAUGACACUUCUAACUUUUCUCACUUUGUACUCAUGUGAUGGACACCAAAUUAUGCCAUCUGCGUCUCUGCUCUGCCAUACAGAUGCAAAUCAUAUUAUUCUCUUUGUAUGAAAAAAGUAUCAAAAAUAGAGAUAAUAAAGAAUCUUUUAUGCGAUUUCUUUAAAAAACCCAGUCCUCCUAAUAAUUGACAGGAAAUGUUCCUAUUUUCAAUUGUUCUCUCUUCUACUAUCACCAAAAGUUUAAUGGAAAUGAAAAUGGGAAUGAUUUGCGAUUGGCAAGUAUGAAUAACAUAGCAGGGUAUGGUUCCUCUGUCUGUCUUACUGCUGCUGCAAUCACAGACAAUGGAGUCUUACUUUUCCCUUCCAUUUAUUAACAUCAGUCAAAAAAUUUCCAUGAUGGGCUGAUUUUAUGUGAAAAUACAGUAGGUGGUCACCUACAUGGUGUCACAUGAAGGGUAUAGGGAAAGGCAACCUCCCUACCCCUUCCCUGCCCCGUCUAAAAAAUAUCAUUACCAUGAGCCAGGCACAAUAUCUGAAGUCCCACCACUAUGGCUGUGUUAUUUUGAGUUGGGCAUUGCCCUCUUCCUGUAUCUUAUUUUAAAAUACAACUAUUCCUGGGAACCCCUUCCACCUCAGCGUGAAUAAGCUCAUUCAGGCAGAUUUAAUUACAGAAAGUGCAUAAUGACCUCUGUGAUGAUUCUGAAGAUGAUUUCUGGGCACUCAUGAGAGCAUUGGAGGUUUGAGGGUUCUUUAUUAUGGCUAACUUCACUUGCAAAUUAAUGGUGUUCCUUUUCCUUGAUAUUGUGAUAGUGGUGUAUAAACACUACUCUUGUGUUUGUGUGACAUAAAUGUGAUUCUAUCUAUCUAUUCUAUCUAUCUAUAUCUCUAUGUACACACAUAUAUAAGUAAUAAGUACUACCCUUGUGUUUCUCACCACGAUUAAGGUGCCAUUUGCUUACAAAUGGAGCAGAGAGGGAAAGAGACUGAGAAAGAAGUGGGGCAGAGAGAAUGAUUUUCCUGAGGCCAACACCUCCUGAGGUAAAGGGGCAAGAAUACUGCCCUGGUACCCACUGAAUGGAAAAAGACCCAUAGGAAGGGCUUGGGCCCCAGUAGAUCCUCUAUGGGAGAUGGAUGGGAAGACAUGGACAAGAAUUGCACAGGCCAGAGUUGCAAGGGGGAGGGGAAGGAGAAAGGAGACAGAGCUUUGUGCAUGUGCAGAACACAAGAGAAAUAUUUCUCAAAGUGGAAUUACUUCACUGAGUGGUGAAAGACAGGGAAAAAAGAGGAGAGAUGGGGAAGCAAAAUUGAACCAGUAGUAAGUUAACACAUUCACACAGAGACUUUGCUAUGUUGGUUCUCUGGAAUUUCUUGCUGGCUCCACUUGACAUUCAAGAACCUGAAAGCAGAGCAUGCAAGCUUCAAUGGCUGGACUCUCUCUUUAGGCAUCCAACAUUCAGAAGAGGGGAAACACAUUCAAGUCUCCGAUUUUCCACCUGUAACCACUAGCUUUUAGCAUACAGACCAUUCAUAACCUUAUACAUCGAAGAACACCCUAUCCCUCCACAUUUUUGACUGCUUAAACCAGAGGAGUUGUCUCAGACUGUACUAGAAAGAUUUGGAAGUCAAUGUAAAUAUUUUCAUCCAUCCAUGAUGCGAAAAAUAUUGUUCAAACGAGGACUGUCCAAGGACUGUCUCUGGAAAUAUCAACAAAGUUUUCACUUUUGUUCAAUUCUGAAAGUCAAUUUUACAUAAAUAAACUUUAAGCAUGCAUGUAAAAGUAUACACUUAUAUUGACAUAAAGUUAAUAAUUAAUUGUAUUUGUAUAGAGUGAAAAGUAGUAUUUGUGAUUAAUUUUGAUUGUUGGCGGGGGUGCUUGUUGUUGGUUGUUGUGGUCUGCUUCCUUUUAAAUGGCUCACCCUUGUGGUGCUGAGUUUUUCUGAAUGUUGUAAAGAAUUAAAAGAAUGGAACAGUUGAUGGAUUCUGUCCUAAAGUAUUAUAACAUGGGUUUACUUAAAUUAAGGAAUGUCUAUAUUGUAUUAGUGUUGUGUUAAAUUAAUAAGUGUAAUAAAUCAGUAGCAAAAACUAA